UCUACCUUACCUGUUUAUUGUACAGUGUAGACGACAAGCGACAAAAUGGCACAGGCAGCAUCUAAGACAUGUGAGAUUUGUGUCAGUGCUCCAGGAUCCCAUUACUGCUUGGAGUGUGAGCAAUACUUUUGUGCAAAUUGUAAAACCUUUCAUAAUAGGCAGAAGAUAUCAAAAACUCACCAGUUUCAGUCUGCUUCAGACGUAAUCCCGGAAGGUAAAUCAAAAUGCAAGGAACACAAUGAAGACGUAAGUUUUGUGUGUAAUACAUGUAACGUAGCAGUGUGCAGUAGUUGUGUGACCGGAAGUCACACAGGGCAUGCCUUUUCCAAGCUAAAAGACAUCAUAUCACAGCUGAAAGAGAAGAACAAAAAUGAUCUCGAUAGAAAGGUAAAUGAGACAACCGAAAACAUGAAAAAGUUGGAAGAAGGUUUAAAGGCAUUUGAUGUGAAUGUGGAUGUAGUAGUCAAAGCUAUUACAGAAGAAGGUACGAAAAUAAAGGAUAUGGUUGAUAAAUGCAUCGCAGAGAUGAUUGCAUCGGUCAAGGAUCAAUUCAGGAAGGAAAAGGACAAAUUGACAAAGAUCAUAGCAGAUACUAAAAUGGAUUUGAAGACGAUAAGCGACUCAGACAAGAAGAUAUAUGAACUCGACAAAACACGAAACGACGGGAAAUUGUUACAGUCUCUCCAAAAGCUUACAGAUGACAUUGAAAAACUGACGAUAGAGCCUAUACCUGAGUUUCCUAACAUACAGUUUACUGCUAAGUCCGCAACAAAUAACGACAUCAAACAGCUGUUUGGCACAUUCAAAAUAAGUGAAGUACGUACACAAUAUACCGGAAACAGAGAGAAAGAAUUACCUAAAUCAAAGAGUGAUUACGAACAGGAUACGAAACCAAAAGAGGAAGGAAAAUACCUGUACAGAUGUAACGGGUGUGGAAAGGAAAAGAGAACUUACAAGUGA